UGGGGCCCGAUGCCACUCUGCAGGCAGUUGGAAACGGUACAGUCAAGAGCGUCGAUUGCACUUCGGAGUUCGAGGACUUCUUCGCCAAGCGGAAGCUGGACGACGGUGACAGCCACGUGGUGAGCAUCGCCGAGUACCUGCAGCGCGGCGACACCGCCAUCAUCUACCCAGAAGCCCCGGAGGAGCUGUGCCGCCUGGGCACGCCGGAGGCCACCGGUCCAGAGGAGAACGACCUGCCACCUGGAACGCCAGAUGCCUUCGCCCAACUGUUGACCUGCCCCUACUGCGACCGGGGCUACAAGCGCCUGACGUCGCUGAAGGAGCACAUCAAGUACCGCCACGAGAAGAACGAGGAGAACUUCGCCUGCCCGCUGUGCAACUACACCUUCGCUUACCGCACUCAGCUGGAGCGGCACAUGGCCACGCACAAGCCCGCCAGGGACCAGCACCAACUGCUCAACCAAGCGGCCGGCAACCGCAAGUUCAAAUGCACCGAGUGUGGCAAGGCCUUCAAAUACAAGCACCACCUGAAGGAACACCUCCGGAUUCAUAGCGGUGAAAAGCCGUACGAGUGCCCCAACUGCAAGAAGCGCUUCUCCCACUCCGGCUCCUACAGCUCCCACAUCAGCAGCAAGAAAUGCAUCGGCCUGAUCGCCGUGAACGGCCGGAUGCGCGGCGGCAACAUGAAGACGGGCUCCUCCCCCACCUCCUCCUCCUCCUCGCCCACCAACAGCGCCAUCACUCAACUGCGCCAGAAGCUGGAGAACGGCAAGCCGCUCGGCCUCCCCGACCACGGCAACCACCUGAGCAUCAAGACGGAGCCGCUGGACUUCAACGACUACAAGCUGAUGAUGGCGUCCCACGGAUGGAACGGGGCCCCCGGGCCCUUCAUGAACGGAGGGGGCAUGGGAGGGAACAGCCCGCUGGGGGUCCACCACAACUCGACGGGCCAGAGCCCCCUGCACCCUCUGGCGAUGGCAGGGCUCGAGUCGCAGCUCCUGUGCUACCCGGGGCCACUGGCCAACAACCUGAGCGAGGUGCAGAAGGUCCUCCAGAUCGUGGACAACACCGUGUGCAGGCAGAAGAUGGACUGCAAGCCCGAGGAGCUCUCCCGGCUCAAGGCCUACAUGAAGGAGCUGGGGACCCAGGUGGAGGAGCAGAAGCAGGCGCUGACGUCAGCGGGGGCCUCCGGCGGCCUUCCCCUCGUCAAUCACAACGGCGCCACCAAAAGCAUCAUCGACUACACGCUGGAGAAAGUGAACGAAGCCAAAGCCUGCCUCCAGAGCUUGACGACAGACUCGAAGAGGCAGAUCAGCAAUAUCAAACGGGAGAAAUCCAACCACAUGCUCGAAGGGAGCGCGGAGGAGAAGGUGCAGGAAAAUAUCAUGUUUACACCUUACACUUGCCAAUACUGCAAGGAGUCCUUCUCGGGGCCGAUACCUUUGCAUCAGCACGAACGCUACAUGUGUAAAAUGAACGAGGAGAUCAAAGCUGUGCUGCAGCCCAGUGAGAAUCUGAUGUCCAAGCAACCGGUGAUGUACAUGGAGAAGAACACCCACCUGUCCUCCUCCAUGAUGUCCGAGAAGGGCUUCAUCGGGCAGCUCAACCCCUACAGGGACCACAUGUCGGUGCUCAAGGCCUAUUUCGCCAUGAACAUGGAGCCCAACUCGGAGGAGCUGCUCAAGAUCUCCAUCGCGGUCGGCCUUCCUCAGGAAUUCGUCAAGGAGUGGUUCGAGCAGCGGAAGAUGUACCAGUACGGCAUCACCAGAUCCCCGCCGCUGGAGAACAGGCACAGCAUGGACAUGGUGGUCGGAGCCAAUAACCACCACGCUCCGCCGAAGGACUCUAUGGCAGCUCGGUCCCCCGUGUCUCUCAUGAAACCGGCGGACCGCAUCACCUCCCCCUCUAUAGCGGAGCUCCACAACAACGUGAACAACUGUGACAACCCGCUCAGACAUUUGAAAAACAACCAGUUCGGCGGCGGCGGCGGCGGCGGCGGCGGCGGCAAACCUACCCGCGAGAAGUUGGAGCUCUCCCGCAGCAACACCCCCUCCCCGCUGAACCUGUCCUCCACAUCUUCCAAACACUCCCACAGCAGCUCCUACACCCCCAACAGCCUGACCUCGGAGGACCUGCAGGCCGAGCCGCUGGACCUCUCCCUGCCGAGGCUCAUGAAGGAGCCCAAGCACGCGCUCACCGUCCGGAGCAGACCCAAAGCCAACAGCAUCAGCCUCGACCACGGCGGCGUCCCCUCCCCCCGAGAGCACUUUGAAGAGCCCCUGAAUUUGGUCUACUUCAAGAAGGAGUUCUCCGGCUCCGCCAACAACGGGACCCUGGAAAAAAGCACUAGCCCCAUCUUCGGCAUGAACCCGUUCGCCGGCAAACAAUUGUACACGUCACUUCCGCCGCAGAGCGCUUUCCCCCCCGCCACGUUCAUGCCCCCGAUGCAGGCCAGCAUCCCGGGUCUCAGGCCCUACCCGGGCAUGGACCAGAUGGGCUUCCUGCCGCACAUGGCCUACACUUAUGCAGCGGGGGCGGCGACCUUUGCCGAGAUGCAGCAGAGGAGAAAGUACCAGCGGAAACCCGGUUUCCAGGGGGAUCUGCUCGACGGCACAGCCGACUACAUGUCAGGGCUGGACGACAUGACAGACGCCGACUCCUGUCUGUCGCGGAAGAAGAUCAAGAAGACCGAAAGUGGCAAGCGGCCGCACCAGUGCCAGAUCUGCAAGAAAGCCUUCAAACACAAACACCAUCUCAUCGAGCACUCCCGGCUGCACUCGGGGGAGAAGCCCUACCAGUGCGACAAGUGCGGAAAGAGGUUCUCCCACUCGGGCUCCUACUCGCAGCACAUGAACCACCGCUACUCCUACUGCAAGAGGGAGGCGGAGGAGCGGGAGGCGGCGGAGAGGGAGGCCCGCGAGAAGGGCCACCUGGAGCCCACGGAGCUGCUGAUGAGCCGGGCCUACUUGCAGGGCAUGACUCCUCAGGGCUACCCGGAGCUGGCGGAGCGCGAGGCCAUCAUGAGGCACGACGCCGUGAACGGAGGCGGGAUCAGAGAGGGACGGAAGGAAGUGGAAGAGGCGUACGCCAAGAUCGGACGGAGGGACGAGGAGUUCGAGGAGGAGGAGGAGGAGAGCAAGAGCAUGGACACGGACCCGGACACGUUGAGGGACGAGGAGGAGAACGGGGAGCACUCGAUGGACGAUAGCUCGCUGGACGGCAAAACGGAAACCAAAUCGGAUCACGAGGACGCGAUGGAGGACGGCAUGUAAUCGGGCGACGGGCGUGAAGAAAAGGAAAAAAGCCUCCCAACUUAAAGAGUCUUGAGUUCCUCUCUUUCUGGUUCGGUAUUCUUAACCCGCGCGGUGUUUUAAAGCCGUACGUGCACGUGCCUGGAGCUUCCGGGAAGCUUUCUUUGACGGACUCCUCGGGGGCGGAGGAGGAGGGUGAGGGGGGGUUAGGGAGAUGUCUGCCGAACAAGACACGGACUCAAAAGUCAAUCUGGAGGAGGUCGCUGAGGGACGGGGGGGAGGCAUGGGUUUGUGAAAUGAGCUGCAUUAUGCAAACCGAACAAUGAAUAAAUGAAUACAUUUCAAAAAAAAUGUACAGUACUAAGGCCUAAAAAUAUGUGUGGUGCUAACCUCCUCAAAUAAACCCCUCGUGUUCCAUAGUAUUUAUAGCACAACUAGUGACUUGUACAAAUUGCACUCCGCUUCUAUAAUCAUGAACAAAAAUAAUAAAAAGUAUUGCCUAUGUAUAUAUUUAUACAGUGUUGGAAAAAGAGCAGUAGUGUCUGCACUACAGUCCUUGGAUAUUACCUUUGUUAUCACCUACCUACUUACCUACUUACCUACUUACCUACUUACCUACUUACCUACUUACCCACCUACCUACCUACCUACCUACCUACCUACCUACCUACCUACCUACCUACCUACCUACCUACCUACCUACCUACCUACCUACCUACCUACCUACGGUGUUGUCUUUACUUUUGCCAAGUUGCCCGGCCACAAACAUCUCCAGCCACAACGAUUUCAAGGCCUCUCCAAUCAAAAAAAAAACGUAAAAUGAAGGAAUUUUAAACUGUACGAAGGCGCUUAGAGGAUUUUUUUAAGUUUUAAAGAGACCUUCAUUUUAAGGGAAAAUUACAGUUUAUGAACAGAAGGUGUGGGGGGGGUGGG